AUGGCCAUGCAAGCCGGAUACAAACCUUCUCCUCUGGGCUACGGAUCGCCACGAAGUUCUCCCUUUCGCAGACCCGAAUCCCCAGCUGCGGUAUCGCCAAUACGACAGUCUACACCACCCGCCUCGCCCUCGAGACCUGGCCCUCUCCGGACACCGUCGCGCUUCGCAAACGACCCCCCCUCUUCUACGCCCCUAUCGCCCGAGACCUCGCGGUCCCGUACCUUUGGCAAGUCCGACACAAUGGCAUCCCAACCAUUGGGAUCACCGGCGCAUAUCCGAACGCAGCCAGCAGCACAGUCCAUCGCAGGCGGCAAUGCAUUGUCACAUCUGAAGCCUGCCCAGCUUCAAGUGCUGAGAGACGGCUUCCAAAUCCUGGAUAGGGAUAGUGACGGAGUCGUCAAUAGAGAAGACGUGGCCGACAUGAUGAACCAACUAGGCCUUUCGUCGAGUCAAUCCGAAAUAUCGCAGUUCUUCCCAGCUGGCAGCCCUCAAACAAUGACCCUCGCGGUAUUCCUGAACAACAUAGCAAACACCCUUGCCGCCAUGUCGCCGAGCGCCGAAUUAUUAUCCGCAUUCUCAGCCUUUGACGACGACGACAGUGGCCAGGUCGACCUUGCCGAGCUGCGAGAUGCUCUCCUCAAUACCGCACCCGAGCCAGGCGAGAGAGCGCUCUCGGCGAUUGAGGUGGAGAAGAUCAUGGCUGGCUUUAGUGGCCGGAGAGCAUUCAGCAAAAGCGCGAUGGCUGGGGGUCUCGGAAAGAGAGGCGAGGUUUUCAAAUACCAAGAUUUUGUCAACUCGAUCGUAGGUGGAAACGGCCCAGCAGAACCUGCGGCGAAUGAGCGGUCCUCGUCAGACGAAGAAUAA